CCGCCAUUGCGUUUUCUACAAGUCUUACGUCUACGGUUAUAUUAACCUCAACAACUUUUUGACAGUUGCUGUCAAAUAAAGUUGCAAUUCAUACCGACUUUGAUUUAUAUUGUUUGUUCUCUAUUAAUUCGUAAAAUUUCAUCAUGAGUUUUGGACUACCUUCUGUAAAAGCCAAACCUGAGAGCCACAGAGAGUUCGGCAUUCAUGAGGGGGCUUUCGGGGUGCCCGAUUUAAUGACGAACGGUUUGGCUGCAUCUAGGGCCCCCAUUGCGGCCCCACACCCCAUUUCACACAGCGUUUUAAACGCUGCAGAAAACAAACAAAAAAUGCACAUGGCGGUGCUGCGCAACACCCAGGGGCUGCACGCACCCCUCAGACUUGCCAUGGAGUUAAAAGCGGCCAAAAAAGUGGGAAGGUUGCCUUUUCUGGCAUCGUCAAACAUUAUGUUGGACGUUUUGACUGGCAGAGAUAUUGAAAUGGGGCCUGAAGAUAUAUUCAAUAUGCCUGACAACUAUGAAUUUGCGGGGCAACCACAUGCUGUAGUUGAAAGAUCAUUAGGGUUACUGUAAGGGUUUUAUUUAUAAGUUUUGUGUAUGGUUUGAAUAAAAGGUUUUUUGCUAAU